AUGGCUAUCAAAGAGACAGUAACGGCUGUUGAAUUUGUCUCAAAGCUGGAGCACUGCAUUUCUAUCUUGUCACCCAUCGACAAAUGGAUCAAGAUCUUUCAAAGUGACCGCGUACCGGUGUCAGAAGUUCUGAACCUCCAUGAGUCGAAAUACAUUGUGGCCGCCAUCAAGACUCGCUGGGAUUUUGUGUACGACGACGCGCACGGGGUGGGCUACCUGCUGGACCCGCGGUUUGUGGGCGGCGGUAUUGACAGCAUGGAAUUCAAGGAAGAUGUAGUUGAUUUCGUAGUUACCUAUGCACCAUCAGACACCCCGCCCUCGACGAACAGCCUGCAAGCGUGGCCACUCCUACGCGAACGAGCACUUCGCGUUCUCAACCUUGUGGCAUCCAGUGCUGCUUCCGAACGUAACUUCUCCAUGCACGGCUUCAUCCAGUCCAAGAAGCGAAAUAGACUAAGCCCCAGUACCGUGACAAAACGGAUGUACAUCACGACGAAAGACAAUCUGGACGACGAAGUUGGAGGUAAAGACUACUCAUCGGACGAGUAUACAAACUCUGAGUAA